CAUCGCAAACGCCCUCUACCUCAUCUCGAUCCAGUCAUCAUAUUCAGCAGCAGUUUGUGUUUUUAUUUUUUACGUUCCAGACCUUCCACCUCACAACUAUAUCGGGCUCGGCCUAGAUUUUCUCAUUUUUGUUUCUCCGCACUUUUGCAGCAUCGCCUCCUCGUUUCUCACUAUGGCCACUACCACCCCCGAGGCGCCUUCCUCCUCCUCUGCGACUGUGGCAGCUAAGGGCUCGGAAGCGUCGAUGAACGGGUCCUAUACAGCACUGACUCAUGAACCAGAGAACGAGAGCGAGAACGACCUGGAGCAUAUCUUUACAGUCGCGGCACGCUCACUACAGGACUGUGCGGAGCUACUCCAGUCUUUGAAGGCUGCUGUCGCCGAGGAGGAACAUCAGGAGCAGGAGAAGCGACAUCAGCAAAAGGCGGGCGUCAAUGGGAAUCACGCGAACGGGCAUCAUACGAACGGGCAUCAUACCACAGAGGAUUCUGUGGAUCGAGGUGUAAAUGAAAGUACUCACGCGACCACGGGGGUAUGUAGACGUUCGGAGAUGUACACUAAGCCAUCAAAGCUGGCAUGUCAGGGCACGAUUGGGAAACAUGUUCGGCAUCUUCAUGAUCAUUAUCGACUGCUCUUAUCGACCUAUCCGCCCAACAAGGGUCUAUCAUCAAAGGACAAAUGGUCUGUGGAUUACGACGCCAGGUCACGAGAGGUCCCGAUGGAGACAGAUAUGGACUAUGCGAUCAAGGAGCUUUCAAGACUCCAACAUGUUCUAGAAGAAUGUCGUCGCGGCAAUUCACCGUCAGAGGGGACACCAACGGACCUCUCCAAAGCCUUGACCCUUCAUGCGACGAUCGACCCUGCCCACCCGCCCGUCAAAUUUCAGACCACCUUUGGUCGCGAGCUCUGGUUCUGCAGUCUACAUGCGGUGCACCACUUUGCGAUGAUAAAGGUCAUCUGCGGUGAGAUGGGUAUGCCUGUCACCGAAAACUUUGGCUUAGCGCCGUCCACCAUCAAGCACAGACACUGAAUGGAGUACUUGUUUUUUUUUUUUUCUUUCAUUUUGACAUUGAAAGAGUGCAAUAAAAAAAAGGAUCAUCCAACGG